AUGUCCAGCUUCGAACAGAAAUUUGGAGAAUUGACUAAGAAGGAAGGCCAUGUCGAGGAGGCAGAUAUUGCUGCCAUCUUUGACCAAGCAAAGCCUGUUGAACCCGAGUAUCUGAUCGGACAAUGGGAAGGGGGAAGCUUCGACACCGUUGACGACGUGGAACCAAUUGUGCUGUACGACAGUGCUGGUGCGCGAAUCUGGAACAAGGAUUAUGGGAAAGCUCAAUUGCGAGAGACCAAGUUCCGUGGCGUGGUCUCAGCCGCCAUGAUUUAUGAUAAUUUCCCAAUUAUUGACAGUUUUCGCUACAUUUCUCACAACGUGGUGAUUGGGGGUAUGGAUAAUAAGCUCAUCUCUAAAGAAGCCGGGACGUACUACUUCUACUUGCGAAGGAUUGUGGGAUAA